AUGUCCGCGCCGCCAAUGCACCCAAAUUUGCGAAAGCUGCUCGACACUGCUCAAAGAUUCUUUAUGGAGGUAGAAGAUCUGACUCCGGGCAAGGAGCUAGAAGCCAGACUGAACAACAAUCAUGGACCGGGCACCCCGCUGCACGACGAUAUGGCUGCUCUAGUCCGACGCGGCGUCAAGAACAACGAGGGCUGGGUGGCUGCAGACGAAAUCGAUGGUCCCAAUUACCGCCUGAGCAAAAUCAGUCCCCCAUGCGCUGAGACACGCUUCUUUAGCAUCACAGCAGUGUUCAUGGACAGCCAAGACGUCUAUCGCGGCCGCUACCAUCUUCAUCCGUACGGCGAAAUUAACUGCGUCGUCCCGCUGGACGAAAGUGCCGAACUGAUGGGAAUGUCUGGGUGGCAGGGAGCGGGCUGGACUUCCCCUGCUGCUGGAACGCAUCAUUACCCUUAG